AUGGCACAGAGAAAGGACGCCCUUCAGCUCAUUGCAAGGGAGUAUGUCUUUGACAUCAAGGAUGGAAGGAGUGUAUGCGGUAUCCUAGUGGCCAUUGACGACCAGUCGAAUUUACUGGUUUCUAAUGCCCGUGAGAUCUACAACACCCAUAAUAGAGAACUCGGGUUGGUGUCUAUCAGGAAGAACACAAUCGACAAAAUCAGUGUCUCCAAACAUGACUAUGCAGACUUGUUUGGGUAA